AUGCCAAAAGAGGGAGGACUGAGAGAGUCCCUCAUCGCCAGCGAGGCGUCAUCGCAGCAAGUCCAGAUCUCGAAGGCAAAGGAGGCACCCGGACGGCUUCGCGUGCGCUGCUUGGGCGCUCGCGACGUCCAUCCCUUCCAGGUGCAGAUCUUCGGGCAAGGUGCCACUUACGAUCCGUAUGCAGUGCUGUGCAUACGUCGGACUGUGGGGGAGCGGUACCAAAAAAGUCGGAAACGCUGGACGCAUGCCGCUGGGAAGACACGGCACCCGUGCUGGCGCGAAGAGUUCUGGUUCACGCUCCCUACCUGCCCUUGGGAAGCGGAGUACGUUCUGGAAGCGACCAUCUACGGUGCUAGCCAGGGCAGGCGUCACGAUGAGUUCUUGGGAUAUGCAGAGCUACCCCUAUCCACUGUUCAAUCCGAAGCACGGCUGGUGGAGGAGUUGCCGCUAGGGCCGCCAGUUGGCUCCGCAGCAUCCGCUGAGUCCGAAGGGCGCAUCCGCAUCGAGCUGAUGUGGGAGUCUGCGUGCUCCAAGCAGACCGACACCUUCCUGCGGUUCGUUUGGCGAGGGAUGAACACGGUCAUGGGUCUCCGUUUCUUCAGCAUUGCAAUCCUCGCCAUAGCAGGACUUCUUCUCAUGGUGGCCCAGGGCUCGCGUUGGCUCUGUUCCGGCCACACCUUUGCGGACUGCCAUGAGCUGGAGGUUCCCGGUGCGCGGGUUGCCGCCGUUCUUGGCUCAAUGUCUGCCGUAGCUUCUGGCAUCACCAACUUCCUGGGUGCCGCUGGAUUCUUUGGCUCCUCGUGGAGGGAAGGUGCUCCGAUGGGCUUGUUGGACGACGUUCAGUCCAGCUAUGUCGAUCAUCAGGAUGACCUUGCCCCGUCGGGAUGGCGGCAGCACUCUGCACCCACGCUUCAGUUGCAGGUUCAGCAAAAGCAUCUCUUCGUGUGGGAUGUCUCCGUGAUGGUCGUAGACAUCUGCCCUGUUAAGAUUUCGCUGCCGUCCGUGCGCCUGUUGACCUGGUUCGGCCAGGGCGUGGCGCUGAUCAUGGCGCAACUGACCAUUUUGCUGGCGUGGCUGGAAGACGCUGGACCCUCACGCUUCCUCGGCGAGGCCGUCUACCUGGCCUUCCUGGCCUUCGUUAUGCUGCUGACGUCCGCCAUUCUCUCUGGGCGGGAGGCCUUUCUCUCUCAGCCGCCUGCAGAUGAGAGGUGGAGCACUACGGAGGACAAGAACUUCCGGCCGAACCGGCCAAGGAGAUACAGCUACGACGAUCGGCCCGGUCAACCCGGGCUCGACGGCCGCGCCUGGAGCCCGGGACGCGCGGUGUCAGGCAUCGAGGAUUUCAUGGCCAAUGUGGAGGAAGGAGUGCGGGCCGUGAAGCAUGAGGCAGAGGCUCUUCGCCAGCCGUUUGUCGCUGCUGGGGAGGAGUGGAACUCCCGAAUGAAAAACUUCAUGCAAGAGCUGGAGCAACAGGUGCGGCAGCCCAUCUUGGAAGCCGCUGAGCGGUUUCAGGGCCAGAUCGAGACGCAGCGCCAAUCGUUCCAGGACCAGUUCCGCAACGUCCGGGAGGACUCUGGAAGUCACGGCUGCAUCCUAGGUGGCUGUGGCCAGGCGGACAUUGUAGGCUCUCGGGAAACUUCCGGCAACCUGUAG